AUGCACCUCUUCGACCUGCCGUACGACAUCCGUCAUCAAAUCUACCAACACCUCUUCCCCUCCACCGACUCCAUCUACAUCCAAGCCUUUCCCAACGGCAUGAAAAUCAUCCAGGACUCUCACGACCGUACAAUGCCCUUCAACUUCCUGCUCACGUGUCGAGCACUGCACGCCGAGGCCAGCGCACACCUGUACAACAACUACCUCUACAACAUCGUCGGGCGCAAACGAAAUUGCCUGAACGUGUACGAGGACUUCCUCAACACGGCGAAGAAGUACGCCCGAGACGAAGUGCACGUCUCGGCUUUCAGCAAUGGUCCGCACUCCGAUACCAUGGGCAUUUCCAUCCACGUUGGGGAGGCGAAGACGGCGAUGCUGAGGAAACGGGCCAGGGGCGAGCCGAAGGAGUUGUGCGAACUGCAGCAGGAAGUUGCGAUGGCGGAUGCGAAGACGAGGGCUGUCUUUCGACGACGUGUGGCUUUGAGGGCGCUUGAGGUCGGUCUUGCUGUUGUUGCUAUUCUACUUGCCUGGGCGAUUUCCUUUCAGUCUCGGACCCGAGGGAUGGGUUUGCUUUAG